AUGUUGUUGGAAGUCCCCGUUUCACUCGCCAAUCUGUACAACAUAGUUCGGAACACCAGGUCAUCGGUGAAACCGGAGCGCACUACGGAUCCGGCGCUGGUGGCAUCGGCCGAGCAGGCCGCCAUCACCACUCGGCUGCUGGCUCGCAUCGACGAGCAUGGCGCCGAGUUGGCGGUUUCACAGGCCGCAGGAAGUCAACUUCCUUCACACUCCGAAGACACCCCGAUGGGUGGUUUGGAGAACCAGCCGCCGUCCGUAGAUGCAGAGGAGGAGGAGGAGGCCCCAGAGGGGGUGCGCGACAAAGGACAAGGUCGCGCCCAGUGGUGGUUGCGUGUUUCCGGGGUUUAG